AUGAAAAAAUCGGAUGAACGGAACAGUCAGUCACUGGAAGGUUCUUCAUUAGCAGUUCAUGGCUUACGGCGUCUUAAUGUACGACAGGGGGCAUCUCUUUCAAGCAGCAAUGUUUUAAGAAAUUGUAAAGGUAUUGAAGUGUUGGAUGCCUCAAAAUCUUUGUACCGGAAAAGUAAAAUUCUGAAUUCAUGGUACAGUGCUGAGGACAACAUGAGUGCAACUUGUUUUUGGAAUCACGAUGAUAUGGAAAGGACGAAAAAUGACAUCUCGUUGCUUGGAAAUGUCAUUACAAGUACUUGUACUGGCGUGGCGUCUGGCAGCAACAUGAAUCUGAAUGAAGUAAACCAUAGCAGAGUGGAAGGAGCAACUUCACAAGGACUGCAGAAAAUCGUUCCAUGUGGUUAUGCGCCAAAUCGCUUUCCAGUAACUGUUACUUCUACACCUCGUUCAUGUUGGCCAAAAACCUGUUAUGAGAAUCCAUCAUAUACUUCUUCCGGUGCUGUUUCUUUGCCUUCAUUAAGACUUAUUCCUCGUCCUCCAUCUAUAAUGCAGCCUGUACCGUCUACAUCCGACUUUGGUAUAUCGUCUGCUAACGAACAAAUUAUACAUUCAAAAUCGAUGUUAGCAUCGGAUAGUAGUCCCGGUGAUAGAUCUCAAACGCUAUUGGUCGGAUUACUUCGUCGAUUUGAAAAUGGUACUGGGAUAAGAUAUAAAAACUUCACCAAAAUUAAUUUAGCAGACGAAUUUUCCUGUCAAAAAUUAUCUUUUCCGAAACAUAGUGCUGCCAAAGAAUGUACUAAUGUUGAUGGAGGAGUGUCACAGCUAAAAACACUCGAUAAGGAAGGGUAUGUUGUGGAAGGUGCUAACAGUAAACAUGAUGCACUGUUCAUUUGGUCAUUAUCUAAUGAUAAAGAACCAAAAAAUAUCCGAAAUAAAUCGUCGAGUGUCGCAUCACGUGGAAAGCCGCAUAUGCCCAAAUUUCUGCAGUCAUUUUGCUGUUGUAUACGAUCCGAAGCUACUGCUAAAACGAAACGACGAACACUUCAUCCAUUUCCAUCAACUUCAACUCCGCAAUCACUGAUUACUCAAGAAAUAAAAAAUUCGCAAAACUGUACGAAUGUAAACGGAACAAAUGUCAGUGUAAAUGAUUCCUAUUCAGCUGAUAAUUACGAUGAUACUGGCGAAUACGUUCCCAUGCAACUCUCCGACAAGUUAUUGCUUCCUCCACUACGUCCGUGUGAUGGAGAUAAAAAGUGUCUUAUUAUUGAUUUGGAUGAAACAUUGGUGCAUUCUUCAUUUAAGCCUGUGAAGAAUCCGGAUUUUAUAAUACCAGUUGAAAUCGAUAACGUUAUUCAUCAGGUUUAUGUGCUAAAACGGCCUUAUGUGGAUGAGUUUUUGGAAAGGAUAGGUGACAAGUUUGAAUGUGUAUUAUUCACAGCCAGCCUUGCCAAAUAUGCUGAUCCAGUUGCUGAUUUUUUGGAUAAACGAGGUGUGUUCCGCGCGCGUUUAUUUCGAGAAUCUUGUGUUUUUCAUAAGGGUAAUUAUGUAAAGGAUUUGACAAGGCUUGGUCGCGAUUUAAAGAAAGUAAUCAUUGUAGAUAAUUCACCGGCUAGUUAUGCUUUUCAUCCCGAUAAUGCGAUUCCGGUACAAACAUGGUUUGAUGAUGCGAAUGAUGUUGAAUUGUUAGAUAUAAUCCCAGUUUUGGAACAGCUUGCUGAAGUGGAUAGUAUUUAUACGGUGUUAAGAAAUAGUAACGAUGAUAUGCGGAGAAGUAUUUUGUCGGAGCAAAUUGAUAGAUCAUCCUGA